AUGAAUACCAUAUGCAAUAGAAUAAAUAUUUUAUCAAAUGCAUCAACGUCCCAUUGUAUAUUUAUCACUCAACGUUUCUUUCAAACUAGUCCAAUAUUGAAUAGUUGGUUUACUAAAUUAACAAAUGUAUCGCAAGUGAACACAGAAGCAGCUACACCCAAACAUACUCGUCGUAAGAAUUAUCCAUUGACAUACGAACAACGGCAAUUUCCAAAUAUGAUUGGUCAUACAAAAACUUGGAACACAUUUAACACAUCAAAUUUAAAAGAUGGAAAACGUAAAUCAGAAACGUUAACAGACGAUUUAUUUAUAAGACAAUUUAUAUAUGGAACGUGGCAUAAUUUAUUUGCAUCAGAAUUAAUUAUUAAACGGAGACAUAAUAUGAUUAUAUUAAGUGGAUUAGUUACAAGGACAAUACAUCCGAGGCGAAUGUACUUUCUGAUUGGUUAUACUGAAGAAAUAUUAUCUGCUCUUUUAAAAUGUCCCGUUAAAUUAGAAAUACAAACAGUUGAAUCAAAAGAUGAUGUCAUUUUCACAUAUUGGUAG